CCUAGUGAUGCAUAUCAGGCAAGCCAUCAGCUUCAGGAUGGUGAUGUCAUCCUACUGGCAACCGACGGCUUUUUCGAUAAUGUAUUUGCUGAAGAAGCCGUCUCCAUUGUAAACAAAGAGCUUCAAGAUGUUGCAAGUCGCGAUUUCGAAGAUCUUAGGACACAUGUGAGAAGGCUUUCAAGAAGGUUGACCGAUACAGCAAGAAGAUACUCAAUGGAUCCCAGGAGAGUUAGUCCUUUCUCGCAGAGUGCAAAGAAGAGUGGUGAAAGUCGUACUGGCGGAAACUGUUGUGAACUUGAGAUUUUAAAAAAGAGUUCACCCACAAGCAGAAUGAUUAUUGACGAUUCAUCCUCAAAAGCUUUAAAAAAGUAUCUUAGUAAUAUCUUGGAACCGAUGUACGUUCGAUCUCUUGACCUUUGUUCUUCGUUUUCGUGCUUGCACGUUUCAGUCGUCGGAUGCGACGCGGAUCCUUCAGUAUUGGCUGAUUAUGUUAUUGCACUCUUACAGCACGACAAAUCAAACCAAGAUUUAAGGCAAUUAUGUAUAGAUCAACUCGACGAUUUUCUUAAAGAAGAAACCGAACCGUUUGUUGAAAAAUUAUUCGAAUCCUUGAUUACCAAAGAAUACUUAGGCGAUACUGGCGCGAUAUCAGGAGUUCAAACUAAGCAGGAACAAUCUCCAACCCUGAAUGCACUUCCGGUGUCUACAGACAACAAUUCAAUCGCAUCCCAAGAUAAUCUUACCGAAAAAAAUGAUAAUUCAACUGCCAAAAUAGGGGUUCGAAAACGAGAAGAAAGUGAAGAAGGGUCUGAUGACGACGAAGAUCGUAAUUACAAGCACCGAGAGAGGAGUAGUGAUAAUAAUCGAGAGGAUUAUCGGCGUUACGUCGAUCGUUCCCCUUUAACAAAUCGGGAAGAUGAGAGGGAUUCGAAAAAUAAGAGGUUUCGUGGUGAAGGUAUUCCCACUGGACCUGCUGCGGGUACGACCCAGUACAACAAUUAUCCGGAUGAUCGAACCUUCAAAAGACGACGUGAUGAGAAUGACGAAGAUUUUCGUUCCAAUAAAAUUCCUCGUAACAACUUGCUGGGGUCCGGACAAAAUAUACCUGGAAACGGCAAUGGCUACGUUGCUGCAAAUGGUCCCGGCCGUUGGGGAAACGAAUGGGGUUCAAACGGGAUGAAUCUACCGUCCAAUGAUCGUUUUGACGAACGAAGAAUACGGGGCGGAAGGAUGAAUGAUCGAGGCAACGGUAGAGGAAAUUCCAUGAUUUCUAACCGUGGUAGCUUCUCAGAGUCUAGGCCUGGAAGACGCCAGCGAUGUCGUGAUUAUGAUGAAAAAGGUUAUUGCAUGCGAGGAGACCUUUGUCCCUUCGAUCAUGGAGUGGACAGGAUUGUGGUGGACGAUGUUCCAUUGAAUCGUCCGUUCGAUUCUAUAAUUCCCAUGACCGCCACACCUUUAACUGGGCCUGUGGGCAUGAUGGGCGGAGGAGUCUCUUCUAGGCCACCUUUUUUUAUGGGCAACGCCGGAGUGCGCAAUCAGUAUGAUCUGGAUCCGGGUUUCUCCCAACCUCCCAGAGCAUUGACACCAACAGCAGACGCCUAUGAUCCGGAAAGGGCCACACUGUCUAGACCCGAUGAAUUGCUUUCGCCAACUCUGAUAGAACAGAAGGAAGGAGAUAUUCAAGGAUCAUCCGAAAUCACCACUGCAGAGGCAACGAAUCUUUCUUUAGCACAUUCACCAACUAUUCACCAUUUCCUCGACUCAGGGGUUGUUCAACCGGGACGUGGAACAUCGUUUAGGGGGCGUGGUCGUGCUCGUGGUGGUCGAGCCGGAUUCAACGUGAACAAUAGGUUCGGCGGUAAUACAAACAAAAAUGCCACCUUGGUCGUCGAGAAUAUACCGAACGAAGUUUGUAAUCUAGACAAGGUUAACGAAUUCUUUAAAAAGUUUGGCACCAUUGUCAAUAUCAAUGUUGAUAUCAACCACCACAAAGCCAUCAUUCAGUUCAACAAUCAAUCUGAUGCGUACAAGGCUUACAACUCUCCCGAACCGAUCUUCGAUAAUCGGUUUGUCAAAGUUUAUUGGCAUAAGGAAAAAGAAGACCAACAGAUCAUCAAUCCUCCAGCGACAAAAUCUGCGGUCGCUCUUUCUAAACCAGAAAAUCCAACCGUGGAAGGCUCAACGCAACCUUCUGCAGAGAAGAUCAAAGAGGCGGAAGAAAAAGCAAAGAAACAGAAGGAGAGUCUAAAAGCUAUGCUCGAGAUUCAAAAGCAGAGAGAACAGUUGAUCAAUCGUCAGAUUGAAGAGCAGAAAAAAUUGAUGGAACUAGCCAAAAAGAAAAAUGUGAAUACUAAGAAUCGCGAGGAGGUUCUCAAAGUUCUUAGUAAAGUUGGUGAAGACAUAAAGAAUGACACUAAUGUGAUUGUCCGCAAGCCCAUUCUAACCGGGGGCAUUAAUACAAAAAAUUUGCUAGAAGAAAAAGAGCGAGAACAAUUGGAUCGGGAGCUUGACAUGUUGAGCAAGAUCAACGAGUCAAGUACCGCAAAUGAAUCAGUCACCUCGUCGACAGCAGCACAAGCCGCAAAUUCGGAAUCAGGGAAUGCUGAGCAAAGUACCGGCCUGAGUACUGUUGGUGAGACCACUUCGUAUCGUGGUCGAGGGCGUGCUGUUUAUUACCGUGGCAGGCCUCGUGCCACUUGGCCUAGAGUUCGCGGUGGAGGAGUUAUGCGUUCCUUCAAACUUGACAAUCGCACCACCAAACUGCAGUUGAAAGAUGUCCCAUUAGGUUCUAGUGAUGCACUUCGCAGUUACUUUCAGCAAUUCGGCGAAGUCGAGUCCAUCACCGUCGCUGAUGAAGCGAAAUCGGCGAUUGUUCAAUUUAAAAAUAGAUACGAUGCUGAACAGGCUCUCGUGAAAGGUCCAAAUGUUCCAAACGUUGGCACGGUACAAAUGACAUGGCUCACAGAGACGAGUACGAGUGCUCGUCCCUCAGAAGAAGCUGUUAACCCGAUCACAAAUCCGGUGGAUGAUGCUGUCGCCGAAAAUUCUGAUUCCCGAACGGUUGUAAAAGAGUCACAUGUGAAUAUCACACCUAGUUUUAAGGCGGAUGAUGAUGAGGAUGACGAACGAGAACGUUCGUGGAAGCGUUAA